AUGAGAAUUUACAGUCGUUAUUUAUCCCAUCUGAGAAUUUACAGUUGUUAUUUAUCCCAUCUGCGAAUUAACAGUCGUUAUUUAUCCCAUCUGAUAAUUUACAGUCGUUAUUUACCCCUUCUGAGAAUUUACAGUUGUUAUCUAUCUCAUCUGCGAAUUAACAGUUGUUAUUUAUCUCAUCUGAGAAUUUACAGUCGUUAUUUACCCCAUUUGAGAAUUUACAGUCGUUAUUUACCCCAUCUGAGAAUUUACAGUCGUUAUUUAUCUCAUAUGAGAAUUUACAGUCGUUAUUUAUCCCAUCUGAGAAUUUGCAGUUGUUAUUUAUCUCAUCUGCGAAUUAACAGUCGUUAUUUAUCCCAUCUGAGAAUUUACAGUCGUUAUUUAUCCCAUCUGAGAAUUUACAGUUGUUAUUUAUCUCAUCUGCUAAUUAACACUUGUUAUUUAUCCCAUCUGAGAAUUUACAGUUGUUAUUUAUCUCAUCUGAUAAUUUACAGUUGUUAUUUAUCCCAUCUGAGAAUUUACAGUUGUUAUUUAUCCCAUCUGAGAAUUUACAGUUGUUAUUUAUCCCAUCUGAGAAUUUACAGUUGUUAUUUAUCCUAUCUGAGAAUUUACAGUCGUUAUUUAUCCAAUCUGAGAAUUAACAGUCGUUAUUUAUCCCAUCUGAGAAUUUACAGUCGUUAUUUAUCCUAUCUGAUAAUUUACAGUCGUUAUUUAUCCCAUAUGAGAAUUAACAGUCCUUAUUUAUCCAAUCUGAGAAUUUACAGUCGUUAUUUAUCCAAUCUGAGAAUUAACAGUCCUUAUUUAUCCAAUCUGAGAAUUUACAGUCGUUAUUUAUCCUAUCUGAUAAUUUACAGUUGUUAUUUAUUCUAUCUGAGAAUUAACAGUUGUUAUUUAUCUCAUCUGAGAAUUAACAGUCCUUAUUUAUCCAAUCUGAGAAUUUACAGUCGUUAUUUAUCCUAUCUGAUAAUUUACAGUUGUUAUUUAUCCAAUCUGAGAAUUUAUAGUCGUUAUUUAUCCCAUCUGAGAAUUAACAGUCCUUAUUUAUCCAAUCUGAGAAUUUACAGUCGUUAUUUAUCCUAUCUGAUAAUUUACAGUUGUUAUUUAUUCUAUCAGAGAAUUUACAGUUGUUAUUUAUUCUAUCUGAGAAUUAACAGUUGUUAUUUAUCCCAUCUGAGAAUUUACAGUUGUUAUUUAUUCUAUCUGAGAAUUAACAGUUGUUAUUUAUCCCAUCUGAGAAUUUACAGUUGUUAUUUAUCCCAUCUGAGAAUUUACAGUUGUUAUUUAUCCCAUCUGAGAAUUUACCCGGUUAUGUUACUGUGGAAUUACAAAGCCUUGAAGAUAUACAUUGCGAAUUGA